CGGCGGGCGCCGGGCCCCGCGGCCGGCACGACGGAGCCCCCGCACGGCCGGCGGCAGCGGUGGGCGGCGGCCCCGGGCCCCCGGCGCGGGAAGCGGCGGCGGCGCGGCGGCGGCGGCGCCGGCGGCGCCAUGGAGCCGCGGGAGGUGAAGGACCGGAUCCUGGAGAACAUCUCGCUGUCGGUGAAGAAGUUGCAGAGCUACUUUGCUGCAUGUGAAGAUGAGACCCCUGCCAUCCGGAACCACGACAAGGUCCUGCAGCGUCUGUGUGAGCACUUGGACCACGCCCUGCUGUAUGGACUGCAAGACCUCUCAUCUGGCUACUGGGUGCUGGUGGUGCAUUUCACCCGGAGAGAGGCCGUCAGACAGAUCGAGAUGCUGCAGCAUGUGGCCACCAACCUGGGGCGCAGCCGGGCCUGGCUGUACCUGGCCCUCAACGAGAACUCCCUGGAGAGCUACCUGCGGCUUUUCCAGGAAAACCUAGGUCUGCUGCAUAAGUACUAUGUCAAGAAUGCCCUGGUCUGCAGCCACGACCACCUGACUCUCUUCCUGACCUUGGUGUCUGGGCUGGAGUUCAUUCAAUUCGACCUGGACCUGGAUGCCCCUUACUUAGACUUGGCCCCCUACAUGCCUGACUACUACAAACCUCAGUACCUGCUGGACUUUGAAGACCGCCUCCCCACCUCGGUCCAUGGCUCGGACAGCCUGUCCCUCAACUCCUUCAACUCCGUCACCUCCACCAACCUGGAGUGGGAUGACAGUGCCAUUGCCCCAUCUAGCGAGGAUUAUGAUUUUGGAGAUGUGUUUCCAGCAGUGCCGUCUGUACCCAGCACAGACUGGGAAGAUGGAGACCUCACGGACACCGUCAGCGGCCCUCGCUCCACAGCCUCGGACCCGACCAGCAGCAAGGCCUCCACCAAGAGUCCCUCCCAGCGCCACAACCCCUUCAGUGAGGACCAGGCAGAGGCCGUGUCCUCCCCCGACACCACCCCUGUGCACACCACCUCUCAGGAGAAGGGGGAGUCCCACAUCCACGACCUGCCAGAUCCCUGCACAGAGCUGGAAGUCAUCAGGGUCACCAAGAAGAAGAAGAUGGGCAAGAAGAAGAAGACCAGGUCAGAUGAAGAAGCAAGCCCACUUCACCCAGCCUCUACCCAGCACCACUGUGCCAAGCACGGGCGUGGAGACAGCCUCAUCAGCAGCCCAGGCCUUGGGCGGGGCUCGCCAGACGCUGCCUUGGCCUCCCCCCAGGAGGAGGGAGAGGGGCCCAGCAGCACAGCAGAGAGCAGCGAGCCCUCAGAGCCUGGCCAGGUGGGCCUGCUUAUCCCCGAGAUGAAGGACACCUCCAUGGAGCGCGUGGGGCAGCCCCUGAGUAAGGUCAUUGACCAGCUCCAUGGGCAGCUGGACCCCAGCACCUGGGGCUCCUGUGUCGAGUCCCCAGACCAGUCCUUUCGGACCGGCUCUUCCGGGGAUGCCCCGGAGAGGCCGCCGUUUUGUGACUUCAGCGAGGGGCUUCCAGCCCCAAUGGACUUCUACCGCUUUACCGUCGAGAGUCCAAGUGCUGGUGCAUCAGGUGGCAGCCACCAUGACCUUGCAGGGCCUGGCCCACCGCUGCAUGUUCCUGGUAGCUCUGAGACUGCUGGCCAAGAAGAGGAGAGAGGAGGGGAGGCUUCGGCGCCUGGGCCCCUAGAGGACACCCCAGGGGAGGCUCUGGAGCCAGAGACCCAGGAACUGGUGCCCCAGUUGUCCCUGGCUGGUGAGGGGCCUGCGCCUGAGCCAGAGCCCAGGACCCAGGAGGCUCUUUGCCAGCUCAAGCAAGACCAGCCCAGCCCCUGUCUGAGCAGCGCUGGGGACUCCGGGGUGGAUGAGGGGCAGGGGAGCCCUUCUGAGAUGACCCACUCAGCAGAGUUCAGAGUAGACAACAAUCACUUACUCCUGCUGAUGAUCCACGUGUUCCGAGAAAACGAAGAGCAGCUCUUCAAAAUGAUCCGGAUGAGCACCGGGCACAUGGAGGGUAACCUGCAACUGCUCUACGUGCUGCUCACAGACUGCUAUGUCUACCUGCUCCGGAAAGGAGCUGCAGAGAAGCCAUACCUGGUGGAAGAGGCCGUUUCUUACAAUGAACUUGACUACGUGUCGGUGGGCCUCGACCAGCAGACAGUGAAGCUAGUGUGCGCCAACCGCAGGAAGCAGUUUCUGCUGGACACAGCUGACAUGGCCCUGGCUGAGUUCUUCUUGGCUUCUCUGAAGUCUGCCAUGAUCAAAGGCUGUCGGGAACCGCCCUACCCCAGCGUCCUGACUGACGCCACCAUGGAGAAGCUGGCUCUGGCCAAAUUUGUGGCCCAGGAAUCCAAGUGUGAAGUGACCGCUGUUACUGUGUGCUUCUAUGGGCUUGUGCACUGGGAAGACCCUCUGGAUGAGUCCCUGGGCCCUGUCCCCUGCCACUGCUCACCCCCCGAGAACGCCAUCACCAAAGAAGGCAUGCUGCAGUACAAGGCGGGGACCUCCUACUUGGGCAAGGAGCACUGGAAGGCUUGCUUCGUGGUGCUCAGCAAUGGGAUCCUCUACCAGUAUCCUGACCGCACUGAUGUCACCCCUUUGCUGUCAGUGAACAUGGGGGGGGAGCAGUGCGGUGGCUGUCGGAGAUCCAAUGCCACGGAUCGGCCCCACGCCUUCCAGGUCAUCCUUGCCGACCGGCCCUGCCUGGAACUGAGUGCCGAUAGCGAGGCAGAGAUGGCCGACUGGAUGCAGCACCUCUGUCAGGCUGUGUCCAAAGGGGUCAUCCCCCAGGGGGUAACUCCCAGCCCCUGCAUCCCCUGCUGCCUAGUGAUCACUGAUGACCACCUCUUCACGUGCCACGAGGACUGCCAGACCAGCUUCUUCCGCACCCUGGGCACCGCCAAGCUGGCCGACAUCAGCGCCGUCUCCACUGAACCGGGCAAGGAGUACUGUGUCCUGGAGUUCUCCCAGGACAGCCAGCAGCCCCUCCCGCCCUGGGUCAUCUACUUGAGCUGCACAUCAGAACUGGACCGAUUCCUGUCUGCACUGAACUGUGGGUGGAAUACCAUCUACCAGGUGGACCUCCCCAACAAGGCCAUCCAGGAAGCCUCCAACAAGAAGUUCGAGGAUGCCCUGACCCUCAUCCACAGCGCCUGGCAGCGGAGUGACAGUCUCUGCCGAGGCAGAGCCACCCGGGACCCCUGGUGCUGAGGCAGGACUGGCUGGUGUCCCGCUGGGGCAGGAGAGGGAGGCGCGCCCAGCAGCGCGUGUUGUCGGCACUGUGUCACUGCCGCUCUGCCAGGCUCCAACCCAACCCCAUUCCACAGGGCGGCAGGACCACCGAGUGGGGCUUAGGAGCAGGGUGGCCCCCUCCCAGCUGUCCAGAAUGGGUGCCCCACACCCUCCACCUUGCAGGAGUGGGCUGGAGAGCCCUGGGGGCAGAGGGUCUGAGCCCUGUGGGCUCUGCAAAUGGGGCCCCCACCUCCCCUGAACUGUCUCUUCAGGAUGGGGAGGGGAACAAUACUGACUCUGAGGGGAGCAGAAGGACUGGGAGGGCAGGAGCCCUCCUUCCUCUCCUAGGUCAGGGGCUGGGCAGAGGCUCAGGCUGCCCUGGGGGCCCUGAGCGGCCUACCGUCCUUGUUCAUGUUGGAACACUCGCCUGGCCAUGCAGGAGGCUGGAAUGCAGGAACACCAAGAUCCCAGUGCAUGUCGCUCCUCACUAGCUCCAUCUGCAGGCGCACUGCUGCCUGCUCUGCCAGGCCCUAGCUGCCCUGCGAGUCUGUGCCCCAUGCCUCUGCCUUUCCCUGAGUCGGCAGUUUCCGUAGGACCCAGGACACGGCCUUCCGCCGGGAACCAAGGGGAGGGCGGAGGGCUCGGAGAGGAGCAGGACCCACCAGCCUCAUGCCCAUGUGGGCACCUCCUGACUGGCCCUUGUUUGGUGGGAGCCAGGCCCUUCCCAAGAGCUUUGUCAAGGGCCCUCUGGGGGAAGGGGUCUGGGUUUGUUUUUUAAAAUAAAAUAGACGUUAUAUUGCCAA